AUGGUUGGCAAGAAAAAGGCCUCCUUUCGGCCUAAACCCAAGGUCAACGAUUACGCUACAAUCAAGAAAAAACAACAACAAAAAAGGGCCCAAGCAGUUUCUGCCUUGUCCAAGGACCAUGAGACGCAGGAUGAGUUAGACAGCAAACAGGUGUUGUCGGACGAUGACCGAAAGCAGCAGCAGCGUGUCCUAGACAUCUUCCGCCAUGCAUUUAGUGAAACUCUCACAUCGUCGACCCUCACCAUCACCUUGCAGUCUGUGAAGCAGGCCCUUUAUGAUCGAGACUUUGGAAAAGCUUUCGGCGAUCCGGAGUACUUGGAAGUGUAUGCAGCACGAUGGAGCCCGACUCGAGCUCUGUGUUAUACCUCUGUGUUGGGCAGGAUACAGGAGCACCUUGAACUCCUAUCACAUGAUGGCACGGCACCGACAACCCAUUUACAAAAAUCACAACAUCUUAAGAUUCUCUCCAUUGGUGGUGGUGCGGCUGAACUUGUCGCCCUCGGAGCCUUCCUCAACCAGAACCCUUCAUCACUCUCGGGCUCUAUAGCCCUCCUCGACUCCGGCCCUUGGGAAGCCAUUGUCACUAAACUCACCACGGCCCUGACCACACCUCCCCCGGUAUCCAAAUAUGCCAGUGAAGCGGUGAAACUCUCCAAUGCCGCCAUGGUUGACCCCUCCCGCCUCGCGGCAACCUUCAACCAACAAGACGCCCUCACUUUCGACAAAGACAGCUUUCCUUCCCUUCUUGGCACCACUCCUCUCCUCGUCACAAUCCUUUUCACCCUCAACGAACUCUUCGCAACAAGUGGUAUCGGUAAACCGACCACCUUCCUACUCAACCUCACCGCCACCAUCCCGUUUGGCUCUCUGUUGCUCGUCGUUGACAGCCCCGGUAGCUACUCUGAAACAACAGUCGGCAAGGAAGCGAAACGCUACCCGAUGCACUGGCUUUUGGACGAGAUUCUGCUUCGCACCGAGCCCGAGAACCUGAACGGGCGCCGGUGGGUGAAGAUUAAAUCCCAUGAAUCGGUGUGGUUUCGCUUGGCCAGUGAAGGGUUGGAUUACCCGAUCCCGCUGGAAAACAUGCGGUAUCAGAUGCACCUUUACAGGGCAGAGGAUGCGUACCAGCAGCAAGAGGAUGAUGACCAAGAAUCUAUCGUCUAG